UUCGGUUCGCCUCCAACGGAACCCUCUCCGAACUGUCGAUACGCUUCGUCGAUCAAAUUCCUCUCCAUAUAUUCGAUCCGAAUCGCUCCAGAUGGCGACCAAAGUUCUUAUGGUCGCGGAGAAGCCCAGCAUUGCACUGUCCAUCGCCACGGCACUUUCUGGUGGCCGGUUUUCCACAAGAAGGGGCAGUACUGAUGUGCACGAGUUUGAUGGAAAGUUUCUUAGCAGCAAUGCCCACUACAAAGUGACAUCUGUUAUUGGACAUGUUUUUAGCAUGGAUUUUCCAUCUUCAUAUCAGAACUGGGAAGUGACAGAUCCAUUUGAUCUUUUUGAGGCUCCAGUUUUGAAGUCAGAAUCAAACCCAAAGGCGCACAUUAGGAGGCAUUUGCAUCACGAAGCUCAAGGUUGCACCUACUUGGUACUUUGGUUGGAUUGUGACCGUGAAGGUGAAAAUAUAUGCUAUGAAGUAAUUGAAUGUACUGGCAUCCGUGAAACUGGGCCUGGAAGGAGAAUUUACCGUGCUAAAUUUUCAUCUGUCACUGAGAAGGAUAUAUUUAAUGCUAUGGAAAACCUUAUCCAGCCCAAUCAAGAUGAGGCUUUAGCUGUAGAUGCACGCCAAGAAAUAGAUUUGAAGGUAGGCGUGGCAUUUACUAGAUUCCAGACUCGUUAUUUUCAAGGAAAGUAUGGGAAUCUCGAUUCAAGAGUUAUUUCGUAUGGGCCUUGUCAAACCCCUACUCUUGGGUUUUGUGUGCAACGGUUUAUGCAAAUUACCACAUUCAAACCAGAAAAGUUCUGGUCCAUAAAUCCUUAUAUAAUUAAAGAUGGCUAUGAACUGCUGCUGGAUUGGGAGCGUAAUAAAGUUUUUGAUUUUGAUAUUGCUGUGAUGUUCCAGAAGUUGGUAGCUAAUGAUGGUAACCUGAAAGUAAUUGAUAUUUCUACAAAGGAAGAGUGCAAACCUCGCCCUUGUGGGCUUAAUACAGUUGGCAUGUUGAAGGUUGCUUCAAGUUCACUGGGGUUUGGGCCACAAAUGGCCAUGCAGCUGGCAGAGCGGUUGUAUACUCAAGGCUUUAUAAGUUACCCUCGCACAGAGAGCACUGCAUACCCCUCAUCAUUUGAUUUCAGAACUGCACUUAGUGCCCAACUAAAUAAUCCUAUAUGGGGCAAGGAUGUUCAGAUGCUACUUGCUGAUGGUUAUCAUAAGCCUCGGACAGGAUCUGAUGCAGGUGAUCAUCCUCCCAUUACACCAAUGCGGUUAGCAACAGAAGAGAUGUUGGGAAGUGAUUCAUGGAGACUUUACCAAUAUGUCUGCCAGCAUUUUAUUGGUUCUGUUAGUUCGGAUUGCAAAUACUCAAGGACUAAAAUAGAAUUUGCAUCUGGUGGGGAGUUUUUCCAAUGUGUUGGGCAGCAUGUUGUUUCUAAAGGUUUUACAUCUAUCAUGCCAUGGAUGAGUGUCAAUGAGAAGAAUCUACCUCAGUUCAAGAAAGGCGAAAAAAUUUGUAUUGCAAAAGUAGACAUACAUGAGGGCACUACUGCACCUCCAGAUUACCUUAGUGAGAGUGAACUUAUUUCUCUAAUGGAAAAGAAUGGUAUAGGAACUGAUGCUUCAAUUUCUGUGCACAUUAACAAUAUCUGUGAGCGCAACUAUGUUCAGGUUAAUGCUGGAAGGAGGCUGGUCCCAACAGCUCUUGGAACUACCUUGAUAAGAGGAUAUCAAUGCAUUGAUCCAGAUCUUUGUUUACCUGACAUCCGCAGCUUUAUUGAGCAACAAAUAACUCUAAUUGCUAAAGGGAAAGCUGACCAUGUUCGUGUAGUUGAACACGUCCUUCAACAAUUUCUGCAGAAGUACUCUUACUUUGUCAAGAAGAUUGAAAACAUGGAUGCACUGUUUGAAGCACAGUUUUCCCCAUUGGCCGACUCUGGACGUUUACUAAGCAAAUGUGGUAAAUGCACUCGAUACAUGAAAUACAUUUCUAGCCAACCAACAAGAUUAUACUGCAUAACCUGUGAAGAAGUCUAUUACCUUCCUCAAAACGGCACCAUAAAAUUAUACAAGGAGCUCGUAUGCCCUUUAGAUGGUUUCGAGUUACUGCUCUUUUCCAUGGCUGGUGCCGAUGGAAAAACAUUCCCUCUCUGCCCCUACUGUUACAACAGUCCCCCAUUCGAAGGGAUCGAUAAACUCUUCGGUAACCUUAAGCUCGGGAAUUCCGGCAAGAUAGGGAAGGGAGCUGGCAUGCCAUGUUUCCUCUGUCCUCACCCUACCUGCCGACAUUCCCUGAUAAACCAAGGAGUCUGUGCUUGCCCUGAGUGCAGUGGAACACUUGUUCUCGACCCUGUCAGUGCGCCCAAAUGGAGGCUAUAUUGCAACAUGUGCAACUGUCUCGUCUCCCUCCCUCAGGCCGCUCAUCGGAUUUCGACCACGGGCAAGAAGUGUCCUGAAUGUGACUCGACUAUCAUCGAAGUGGAUUUCAAUAAGAAGACAACUCCCCUUGCCGACGGAACCACACUGCACGAGGGCUGUAUCUUGUGCGAUGAAUUACUUCAUUCACUGAUCGAGAUGAAGCACGGAAGUUCAUUUUUUCGUCGGUCAAGAGGACGAGGCAGAGGUAGGGGAAGAGGCAGAGGUAGAGGCAGAGGUGGUGCAAAGAAUGUGGAUCCAAAGAUGAGUUUCCGAGAUUUCUAAUCGAACUUUCUGCCACUACAAAGUUUAGUCCGAGCCCUCUAGCACUAGGUAAUUAUCUUCUGAACUCUAAAAUGCAUGCCAGGAGAAGAACAGUGAUCCAUGUAUCCCCCCAGUUCUAUACUAUCUGAAACUCCAAUCUUCCGAGACCGAAGAGCCUGGUCGGUAUUUGUGAUUAUUUUUAAAGAGCUUGGUAUUGUGAUUA